AUGCGAGGUUUGGAAUGGGAUAACAUGGGAGUGAAAGUUGAAGGUCGCGACUAUCACCAUCUUCGUUUCGCUGAUGACAUCGUUCUAAUAACAUCAAGCAUCAAUCAGGCGGAGCGAAUGCUGGCCGAAUUUGAUGAAACGUCUAAAAAAAUCGGUCUUCUGCUGAACCUAGACAAGACGAUGCUCAAGAGGAACGGAUGGGUUUUUGGUGCCCCAUUACCCCUCAACGGAGCGAAUAUAUCCGAAUGUUCCAGCUAUGCAUAUCUAGGUCGGGAAAUCAACGAAGGAUCUGACCUCCGAGCUAGGCAGAAGGAAACGAGCGGCUUAGGGGACAUACAAGAGCAUCAGGGAUGUAAUCAAGAGGACUAA